AUGAACGGCUCUAUCCCUGAGGAGAUGAGUUCUUCAAACGUCCAGCGAAUUCUACCCCUGAGUGCCGACGCCAUAUCUCAAAUUCACUCCUCGAAACACAUCACGUCCCUGGAAGGUGUCGCUCUGUCCUUGUUGGAGAACGGUCUCGAUGCCGGAGCCACCAAAAUCAGCAUUACCUUGGAUUGGAGACGUGGUUGUUGUACUGUCGAGGACAAUGGCAUUGGAAUUCCUGCUACCGAAUUCGCCGAGAAUGGUGGUCUUGGGAGGAUGUACUGCACCUCAAAGCGUGCCCCGGUUGGAAGUCAGUCAGACGAUGUUCACGGCUCCAAUGGCAUACUCAUUGCUGAGCUCGCGGCCAUGUCUUUGCUGAGCAUUACUUCGAGCCGAACUGGCAAAUCCGCGUCAAUCACCAUUCACCAAGGUAAGGUUCUCACUCGCCAGAUUCCAGGUCACCGUGCAUUGGACACUACGGCCUCUUGUGGGACCAGCGUCGUGGUUAAGGAUCUGUUUGGAAAUAUGCCCGUCCGCGUGAAGCAACGCGCUUUGGCAGAUGAUGAUGCAAAGAGCCAUGACAGGGCGUGGCAGGAGCUCAAGCGCGGAGUUGUUGGCCUGCUGCAGGCUUGGACGAGGCCAUGCUCAGUGCGUGUGCAGGACGCAAACAUCGAAUCGAGGACCGUCAAUCUGACAGGCCAGCACCAUAGUGUGUCAACUUUGCUGACUGAGAGGAGCUUGCAUCGGCUCCGUGGCAAGAGCGCAGCUUCUCACUAUGAUCUUCGAGAUGCCCUUCCGAUGUUCUUUCAAGCUGGACUCGCGCCCACCGACAGGCGACAACGAUGGGUUCCCGUAGCAGCUCAGUCUGCAUCUAUCGCCUUGAAAGGUCUCAUCUGUCUCGAUCCCGCGCCUACCAAACAAUGUCAAUUCAUUUCCGUUGGCAUACGCCCUUGCAGUCCAAUGUCUGGUCAGACUGCGUUUCAUGAUGCAGUGAAUAGAGUCUUCGAAAACAGCAGCUUUGGUAUUACAGAAGAUGGUAUCCAAUCGGCUGGAAGUGAAACCCCACAGAAGACGAGGGCCACUGCCUCUGGGGCUCAACAAUCCCACAUCCGCAGAGGGAUUGAUCGCUUUGCCAUGUUCAGCUUGCAGGUGAACAUUACCGGUCGAAAGUCUGGGGCGGGUGUGGUUCCGGACGAGAUGAAUGAAGCUUCUCUGACAGCGAUAGCGGAUGUUAUGACUGCCGCAGUUCAUGCUUGGCUCGAGAAGAACCAUUUUCGACCACGGAAGCGUCGUAGGCGUGACAAAGACCAGGCAGAAGCAUCAUCAACUCGUUCUACUUCUGCUUCAAGACCGGAUGUUACUUGGACAGACCCAGUCACAAAGCAAGUGUUCAGCGUCAAUGCAAGGACUGGCGUGGUGUUGCCACUGUCGAAAAGCACGGACCUCACAAAACCGAGUGAGCAAGACGUCGUCCACCAGAGGCAGCGCGCAGGCAUUGAUAACACGCUUUCCUCUGCUGGAAGACCAUUGAGUCUUGCUCGGAGGAAGGCUCUCGUGGAUAAGGAUGGAGACAGGGAACUCGGUGAUGAGAACGAAAAAUGGCUCCUACGAUUUCUGCGAGAGUGGAACAAUCCAGUCUUUGCUAGGCAGCAGGAAGAACCUAUUCCAGCCGCAUCACUUCAUGGACCUGGUCUGCUGGAAACGGAUGAGCGCGAGGGGCGCUGCUCGCAUGGGUCACAUGGACGGCACGCUCUCAACCGAGACGGUCUUCAAAAUGCUGGGACCAAACUGUCCAAGGCUGUCCUUGACCGAGCAGCCGUCAUCGGCCAAGUCGAUCGCAAAUUCAUCCUUUGUAAAUUGCCUGCUACACAAAACGAUACGAAGGAAACUUUCGUCCUGGUCGACCAACACGCUGCAUCCGAGCGCAUAAUCCUCGAGGACCUCUUCGCAGAGCUGUGUGGCCCUAAGGGACAAAUCAGGAGGUCCAACUUGGAACACGAAACCACAAAAGCCAAGCCCCUGCGUUUCCAAGUCUCUUCCCAAGAAUAUGACCUUUUGCGGCAAUACCGCGCUCACUUCGCAACCUGGGGCAUUGUCUACACACUCUCAUCAGGGAAAGAGCCUCUCGGUGCCGAAACCUCCUGCAUCCUCAAGCUGUCCCACCUCCCCACCCUCAUCGCCGCUCGCUGCGCCAGCCUCCCUUCCCUCGCCAUUGAUCUUCUUCGCUCCGAACUGUGGGCCCUGGCAGAGGGCUCGAAGAAAGCUGUCAUAAGCCUGCCAUCCAAACAGCAGGGCGCCUCAGACGAAGACACUUCGCCCUUCUGGCUCACUCUUCUUCCACUCAUGCCUACAAAAUUAUUGGAGAUGCUGCACUCCCGCGCCUGCCGAAGCGCCAUCAUGUUCAAUGACGCUUUGAGCAAAGAAGAAUGCGAGGCUUUGAUCGAGAAGGUCGCAAAGUGUGCAUUUCCCUUCGUCUGUGCGCACGGACGUGUAGCUAUGGUGCCUGUGCUGGAGCUGGGGGAAGAAGAAGGACUGAGUGCCAAUAGUCACGAGGGUCUGCUGAGUCGUCCGAGCGAGCGGCAUAGCGAUGAGGUCGGUGUGGAAAAAGAGUCUAUAUGCAGCGCCACCGCUCUGCAAAAAUGGCUGUAA